AUGGAUCUUUUGGAAUCUGACUGGGACUACUUCUGGGCAACCGGAGGCGGACUCGGACGGAAUCUGAUCGUAACGUCUUUGGCAGGAUUGCUUUACCGCUUUCCGUCUGGCAAACAUUUAACUGUUAACUAUGAACUGGUACGGACAAGGGGAAUCUGA